GAACGCAGCCGUAGUAAAGUUGGCUGCUGUCAACAUAAAUAACAAUAGUGAAGUUCGUGCGUUAGCCUCAAUGAUGGCUCUCCGGUCCGUUAUGGCUUCUAAAAUACCAAUGGUGAUAAUUCUAGGUGCUACAGGAACUGGAAAGACUAAGUUAAGUGUUGAGCUGGCCCAGAAAUUCAAGACGGAGAUCAUUAGCGCGGAUUCUAUGCAGGUAUACAAGGGCCUGGACGUGGUGACAGCGAAGGCGACAUCCGCUGAGAGGGCGUUAGCCACCCACCACCUGCUGGACAUUUUGGAGCCUCAUCAGAACUUCACCGUGGUGGACUUUAGGAACCGCGCGCUGAAGAUUAUACAAGAGCUAACAGAAAAAGGAAAAAUCCCAAUAGUCGUCGGUGGAACAAAUUAUUACAUGGAAUCUAUUAUCUACAACAUCCUAGUAGAAGAAGAGUCAGAUUCUGAAGAGCUCCUAUGGAAUAGAAGCACAUUAAAAAGAGAUAUUGACGAUGCUGGCCCUAGUGCCGAUGACCCGAAUGCAAAACAUCCAGCCAAAGAGGUAAAUAAUGAAGUAACAUCGGUAGAAUCAAACGAUGAUAGCAAAACUAAACCACAGAUUGAAAUAACUGAUGAAAUUGAUAAAGAAAAACUAAAAUAUGAAGUAGAUAAUGAAAGGCUGUUGACGAAUGAAGAUAUACAUUUAAGACUGAUGAGCAUAGACCCGGUUAUGGCGGACAGGUUGCAUCCGAAUAACAGGCGGAAGAUGCUAAGGUCCAUCGAGGUAUGGCUCAAAACGGGGCGACGGCACAGCGAGAUCUUAGAAGACCAGAAGCAACGUGAAGGCUGCCUCCGACGGCCCGACGCUACUGUCGUGCUGUGGCUCAAGUGUGAACAGCGACGCCACAGCGAGAUCUUAGAAGACCAGAAGCAACGUGAAGGCUGCCUCCGACGGCCCGGCGCUACUGUCGUGCUGUGGCUCAAGUGUGAACAGCGACGCCACAGCGAGAUAGAAGACCAGAAGCAACGUGAAGGCUGCCUCCGACGGCCCGGCGCUACUGUCGUGCUGUGGCUUAGGUGUGAACAGAAAGUCCAUGACGAGCGCUUGGACAAGCGCGUAGACGCCAUGUUGGAGCAGGGGCUCGUCGGGGAGUUACUCGACUUCCACCAGCGGCACAACAAGCAGAGGCUCAAGGAUGGAAAACCACCAGACUACACCCGCGGCAUAUUCCAAACCCUCGGCUUCAAGGAGUUCCACGACUACCUGAUGCUGAGCGAGGCCGAGCGUCAGGACCGCCCUGACCUGCUGCAGCAGAGCAUUGAGAACAUGAAGACAGGGACCCGGCGGUACGCGCGCCGGCAGAACAAGAUGGUGAAGGGGCGGUUUCUGGAGCACCCUAAUAGGGAGGUUCCUCCAAUUUAUGAAUUGGACACAACGCACGUUUCAGCAUGGGAUACUCAAGUGAAAGAGAAAGCGAUAAACAUCAUCGAAAGUUAUCUCAAUGGAACUCCCUGUCAGUAUGAACCAUUGACAUCGGAAACUAAAGAAGCGAAAAAGGAUAUCAAUCCAUUUUCAAACAAUUACUGUGAAGUUUGUAAAAGGAUACUUAUUGGAGACAAGGAAUAUGGAAUACAUUUGAAGUCUAAUAAGCAUAUGAAAGUUUUGAAAAAAAGAAAAUUAGAAGAGAAAAAGAAAUUAGAAUUAGAAUCACAGACAGAUUCCGAUAAUGUUAAUGUUUAA